GUUGGAUAGGACGAAGACAAUUGCUUUGGAGUAAGGGAGUUGUGGAGUCUACUCUUUCUUAUGUACCAUAAACGUUGGAGAAGUUCUAGCACAAUCAAUCUCUCAUACGAACGCGAGGAGAAAACAUAGUAUAUUCAUAAAUAUUGUUCCACUAUAUAAAAUGUCAAGCAGAAGAUCAAGGCAAUCAUCAUCAGGGGCUUCAAGAAUCACGGACGAUCAGAUUAUACAGCUCAUCUCCAAGCUACAACAACUUCUUCCAGGGACUCGUAUCCAACGAUCCAACAAGGCUUCCGCUUCAAAGGUGCUACAAGAGACUUGCAACUAUGUGAGAAGCCUGCAUAGGGAGGUUGAUGACCUUAGCGACCGACUAUCACAGUUAUUAUCCACCAUUGACGCCGAUAGCCCGGAAGCUUCCAUUAUUCGAAGUUUAAUUAUGUAAUAUUUACGUCUUAAUAGAUAAAUUAUUCAUUAGCUUAUUGAUUAAGGAUGACUGAGGUACGUUUAUAUCUUAAUUAAUCAUCUUUCUAGGGUUGAAUCUAAUUAAUGACCCAUGUUACAUGUAGUAUUUACUUAUAGUACUUGUCAAAUAUUAAUAAUAAUUGCACUGACAGUGCAUAAGAAGUUUUCUCCUAAUAAAUACAAUGUAUGAGAUAUAAAUGCACGUUUGUGUGCUCUUUUACGUUUUA